AUGGCAGGCCCGCUCUCUACUCGUCCCAUAAGCAGCGUCCGUGAUCACCAGACGUCCCCACAACCGCCCUCUUCCAACGGCACCCCUUACCUCAAACACGACAAGCUCGCAGCCGACCCUUCGCCCCGCAUUCACGCCAUCCUCGGCACCCCCAGCGACCGCUCCGCUCCUACCCUCUCCUCCGACGACCGUCACAGCUCGCCCUUGGUUCCAUCCGCACGCUCGUCCGAAUACUCAUUCGACCGAACCUCCACCUCGAGCUUCGGCCACCGUUCCGUCAGCACCGCAGCCACUUCAUCCGCCUCCCACGACCCGGAUCGCCUGCCUCCCAUCGCCGCGCUCGACUUUCCCAAGUCGGAUCGCUUCACCCACCCUUCUUCCGCCUGGUCGCAAUCCCAUCCCACCAUGCACAGCGCCGUAGAGCCUGCCGACCCCUCGGCCCCUCGUCGAGGUGCUUCGCCGCCUCCACCCUCGAUACGCCGUCCCACAUCGCCCGCAGGUCGCAUCUCCAACCACUCUGCCGAGUGGGAUAUGCGUUCGGAUCGUGGCAGCCCCCUUGUCGGUGCUCGCCGUCCUGGCGUGCCGGCGCCUGCAUCCUCCGCCUCGGCUUCCGCAGCUCCAGCCGGAGCCGUCCACUCGGCCUACGGCCGCGACUUUGCCAGGAGCCCGCUGCCCUCGUACCGCGACGACCGCGACUUUGGCAGAAGCCCCGUCACCUCGCAUCGCGAUUCCGCAUAUCGUGACCAGCCGCACGCUGCGCAUCGAGAGCUCUCGCCGCCACUCAACCUGCCGCUUAAGCGCAAGGUCAGCAUCUCGUCCGACGCCGGCAGCAGACGGCCCGAUGCCGAUCGCAUGGUCGACCGCGGCACUUGGAGCCGCGCCGACUAUCCAGCGCAUUCGGCCUAUCCGGACACCGGCUACUAUCGCAGCCGCGAUCGUGCCGAGUCGCCAGAUCGCACGUACAGCAGCAGCUACUCUCGCGACGCCGCCUACUCGGCACGUCACAUUGACCAGCGCAUCGACGACAAACACUACUCGCCCCGCCACGCACAUCCCGCCUCGCCGUCCUCGUCGCGCAUCGCCUAUCGCGGGUACGACGCCGCCCCACCAGCCGCCAGCCAGUACCACUCUCGCAGAAUCAGCGGCCGCUACAGCCCCUCGCCACGCUCACCAUCCUAUGCACCUCGUCAGGCGAUCGUCGCCCCGCCAGCUGGCGCCGCACCUUCGCCCCAUGACCCGUACUCGCGCAGCGCACCCCACUCUUCCUACGCACGCCGAUCACCGCCCCCCUUUGCCUCGGAUCCACGCCCUCAGCUGCCGCCGCUCUCGUCUCGCGCUCCUGCGCCAUCGCGCUAUGCCGAUCCACGCGCCCGCUACACGCCUCCGAUUGAAGCGGCGCACGCCGAGCGCCUCAGUCCUACGCCCGAGCCGCAUGCCUACUCGGAGCCCUUUUACCCGGACCGCCGUCUCUAUUUUGCGCGCGAACGCAUUCAGGACCCGGAGAUGGACGACUACUACCACGGACCCGUUGGCGCCGCCGGCUCUCGCGGCCGCUAUGCCGACUACGCCUACGACCCGUACGGCUCGCCGCACGCUGCGUCCUACGCUGGACAUGUGGGCAAGCCAGGUAACGGUGCUGCGCCCAUGCCCAUCCCUUCGCCCGGUAUGGCGCCAAUGGCAGCGCAUCCGGGCGCGAGGCACCACGACGGCCGCCUGCCGUAUGCCAGCCCGUACGGACCGGGCGAUUACAUGGGUCAUGACCCGCGCGACAUGCACGCCCACGCCGGCAUGGGUCGACCGGGCGGUGCGAUGGGCCGGCCGAUGAUGGCCAUGCCUGCUACGCACGUGCCGCCGGGACCGUCGGCGGGGAUUGCGCCGCCGCCGCGUCGACGCGGCAAGCUGCCCAAGCCGGUGACGGAUCUGCUCAAGUCGUGGUUACUCGAGCAUGCCAGCCACCCCUACCCGACCGAGGACGAGAAGCGCUCGCUGUGCAGCAUGACGGGCCUCACGCUCUCGCAGGUGUCCAAUUGGUUCAUCAAUGCGCGCCGCCGCAUUUUGCUGCCCACCGGCGCUAAUGGUAGUCCGGGCGGCACCACCGCCGCGCAGGUCAAGGCGGCGUUCAGUGCCGACAGCCCGAGCCCGCCGCCGCACGAGGCGUGA